ACAAGCCCAGAUAAGAUUCCAAUUAGGACUCAAAAGAGCGAAAAAUCUAAUUUUCACAAUGAAACUAUACAAUUUGUUAAUUUUUUGCGGAUUAUUUGUGGUCGCCUUUUGUAAUGACUCGCCUAAAGUAAAAAUUGGUAUAAAGAAACGGGCGGAAAGCUGCACAAGGAAAGCCAAGGGCGGUGAUAUGGUUCACGUUCAUUACAAGGGAUCUUUACAAGAUGGCACAGAAUUCGACAGCAGCUACAAUAGGGGUAAACCCUUCUCGUUUACCUUGGGUGCAAGGCAGGUAAUCAAGGGCUGGGACCAAGGACUGUUGGGCAUGUGUGAAGGUGAGAAGCGCACGCUUACCAUACCGCCUGAGUUAGGUUAUGGUUCUACUGGUGCUGGAGGCGGUAAAAUUCCGCCAAAUUCUGUGCUGAUCUUUGAUGUGGAAAUGGAGAAAAUCGAUGCGCGUGGAAAUGAUGAUCUUUAAAAGAAAUGCUUUUAUAAUAAACCAAAUAUAUGUAUAUUUACGCUA